GCCCUUGAGGACUGCAGUUUGACACCCCUGAUCUACACACAAUACUCCUUACUUUGAGAGUUAAUUCUAUGUUGGACUGAGCCUUGUAUUGCUGGAAUAAUGGAAAAUGUAGAUGUGCUGACGACCAGGUAUAUGACGUUUGACAAAAUGUACAGCCAUGCUCUGCGGGAGCAGAGUUUUAGAGACUGGCCGUUUAGAGAGGAAUGCAACUGCACACCUGAAAAGAUGGCUAAAGCUGGUUUUGUGCACUGCCCCAGUGACAAUGAACCAGACGUUGCCUGCUGUUUCUUCUGUCUGAUCGAAAUCGAGGGCUGGGAACCAGAUGAUGAUCCAUGGUAAACUAAAAUACCUAACAUUUUGGUGCCGUGACCCGGAUCUCAACAUACCCGUUCGCUGACAGACGAAGAACGACACGCUGCAACCCGUGCACGGCCAGAGUCAACAGGACCUGGAGAGAAAGCCCCGGGAAGUAAAUUCUUCACCAGGCCAGCCUUAGGUCCGACUUUGUCUGCCAGCUUCGGAUUGACGAGAUUCGGCUGGACGAGACGAACCGACAGAAACUUUUGCCAUGGCCGAGAUGAUGUCCCUCCCUCGUCACUAGCUAAUGACGGCAAUCAAGAAGACAAAGAAGAGUUCCAACACCUUCAGGCACUGAAUAAUCUGCUUAUCUUAAUUUCCGACGCCUGUGAACUGCGAUUCAGCAAACUCCUGCAUGGUGUCCUGCUGGACAUUGGACUGAAACUAGAUUCCUGUUUGGAUGCAAUUGAACUCUUACAACCUCCGCUGAUCUACUCCCUGACAUCAGCGUGGAGAAGGAAAAAUAAUGUGCUUCAGAGACGAAGACAACAACUGAACUAUUUUGAUGCUGUUUCAUUUGUGAACUGUU